AUGUUGGUCACUGUCCCGUGUCCCGGAGUCACCGUGCCCGGGGCUGCGGAGCUGGAGAGGCGAAGGCGACGUCGUGUUCAGAUCUUGGUCCUCACCGCCUUCGCUGAUAUGUCUGUCUGGCUGCAAUUAAAACGCGGAGACUCAUCUGCCUCCCCCAAAUUGGACCGAUACAAAAUGGCGAGACAGCUGACGGAAAAGGCAAUCAAGGACAAGAAGAUCUUCUCCAUCCACGGCCACUACCCCGUGGUCCGCGCGCUGCUGCGCAGGAAGGGCUGGGUGGAGAAGAAGUUGCACUUCCUGCCCCGGAUCUCCCUCAGUGCCGACGGCGAAGGGGCCGCUGAAAGUAAACGUCCUGAAAGCAAAGAAAGCCAGGAAGUGGCCUUGGAGGAAACGGACGACAUCCACGACGUGAUGUCCAGGUUGGUGCGAAACGAGGUCCCCUACUUCCUCUGGACGAUCAAAAGGGACUCCAUCGACUACCACAGCCUGAGCGGCGACCAGAUGCUGAACCACUACGGCAAGACGGCGUCCUUCACCACCAAGGUGAGGGCGGGCACCAGGGACGGAGGGACACGGAAGCUGGAAAAAGCCAAAAUCUCACUGGACGACUGUCUGGCAUGCAGUGGCUGUGUCACCUCAGCAGAGACGGUGCUCAUCACUCAGCAGAGCCAUGAGGAGUUGCGGAAGAUUCUAGAUGCCAAUAAGGCGUGCCAGGCCUGCCUGGGGCAGCGGGAGCACGAGGACAUCGACGUCGCCACGGACGCCGCCACGGACCUGACGGAGGAGCAGUGGAAGGAGCUGACCCAGCAGUACUACGCCCUCAUUCACCUGUACCGGGCCCAGGUCGACAUUCGGGCCCCAGUGCCCACGCCCCCGGCCAGGAGCAGCCCCGGUGCCGCCCUGAGGCCGCCGUGCCCUCUGCCGGGUCAGAGCCCGCCCCACCCCCUUACCCCCGCCCAACCCCCGCCCACACUGCCUCUUGCAGACAUCGUGUGCAUGGACCGCGUGGAGGAGAUCCUGGAGCUGGUGGCCUCGGACAACCUCUUGGCCAAGGACAAGUGGGUGGUGCAGAAGUACAUCGAGACGCCGCUGCUCAUCUACGACACCAAGUUCGACAUCCGGCAGUGGUUCCUGGUCACCGACUGGAACCCCCUGACCAUCUGGUUCUACAAGGAGAGCUACCUGCGCUUCUCCACGCGGCGCUUCUCCCUGGACGACCUGGACGGGGCCAUCCACCUCUGCAACAACUCCAUCCAGAAGCACCUGAAGAUCGACAAGGGCCGCAGCCCGCUGCUGCCCUACCACAACAUGUGGACCAGCGCGCGCUUCCAGGAGUACCUGCAGAAGCGCGGCCGCGGCUCGGUGUGGGGCAGCAUCAUCUACCCCGCCAUGAAGCAGGCCGUCGCCAACACCAUGAAGGUGGCCCAGGACCACGUGGAGCCGCGUAAGAGCAGCUUCGAGCUCUACGGCGCCGACUUCAUCCUGGGCCACGACUUCAAGCCCUGGCUGAUCGAGAUCAACUCCAGCCCCACCAUGCACGCCUCCACGCCCGUCACCGCCCAGCUGUGCGCGCAGGUGCAGGAGGACACCAUCAAGGUGGUGCUGGAUCGCAAGGGCGACCGCAACUGCGACGUCGGCAACUUCGAGCUGCUGUGGAAGCAGUCUGCUGUGGACCUGCCGCCGGUCUAUGGGUCUGACCUCUGCGUGGAGGGCGUCAGCGUGCGGAAAGGCAAGAAGCAAAUGCCGCCCAUCCCCCGCUUCAGAUUCUCCCCCUCGCUCCGGGACGCACCGCUGAAGGCGCGGGGCACCUCAGUGCCAGAGCCGCCCCCCUGUUCAUCCGUGUAA